GCUGAGCGGCGGGGCCCCCGGCCCCCGGCCCCCGGCCCCCGGAGGCGGAGAGAGCUCGCGUCCCGCUCGGUUCCAGGAGUUUUAUAAAUGGACACUGACAUGGACUAUGAAAGGCCCAACGUUGAAACCAUCAAGUGUGUGGUGGUGGGGGACAACGCUGUGGGGAAGACCCGCUUGAUAUGUGCCAGAGCGUGUAAUACAACCCUCACACAGUAUCAGCUGCUGGCCACCCACGUACCAACUGUGUGGGCGAUUGACCAGUACCGGGUCUGCCAGGAGGUCUUGGAGCGAUCACGGGAUGUCGUUGAUGAAGUGAGUGUUUCUCUAAGGCUUUGGGAUACUUUUGGCGAUCAUCACAAAGACAGGCGUUUUGCAUAUGGCAGGUCCGAUGUUGUGGUCCUUUGUUUUUCGAUCGCUAAUCCCAACUCCCUAAAUCAUGUGAAAACCAUGUGGUAUCAAGAAAUCAAGCACUUUUGUCCUCGCACACCUGUUGUUCUAGUUGGCUGCCAGCUAGAUCUCCGCUAUGCUGAUCUGGAAGCUGUUAAUAGAGCCAGACGCCCUUUAGCAAGGCCCAUAAAGAGAGGGGAUAUUUUGCCCCCAGAAAAAGGCCGAGAGGUUGCAAAGGAACUCGGUAUACCAUACUAUGAAACAAGCGUGUUUGAUCAGUUUGGUAUCAAGGAUGUGUUCGAUAACGCCAUCCGCGCUGCGCUGAUCUCCCGCCGGCACCUGCAGUUCUGGAAAUCCCACCUAAAGAAAGUUCAGAAACCUUUGCUUCAGGCACCGUUCCUACCUCCAAAAGCCCCUCCACCUGUCAUCAAAGUUCCAGAAUGUCCCUUGACAGGGACUAAUGAAGCUGCCUGUUUACUGGACAAUCCUCUGUGUGCCGAUGUCCUGUUCAUCCUUCCGGACCAGGAGCACAUCUUUGCACACCGAAUUUACCUCGCUACCUCUUCUUCCAAAUUUUAUGAUCUUUUUUUAAUGGAAUGUGAAGAAAGCCCAAAUCUGAGCGAAAGAGCUGGUGACAGGAAGAAGCAGAACAAGGAUUUCCAGGGGCAGGCAUUGAAUGAUGACCCUGAGGAGGAAAGAGAGGAAGGUGCCUUGGGCGACCAUCAGUGGAAGUCCUUGAACCAGAACCCGUUCCAGCAGGAGACUCCAGGCCUGGAAACUGAGGGCUUGGUCUUGGAGGCUCAGACAUUGUCAAGCUGGAGUAAGGGGUUCAUGGGCAUGCACAAAGAGAUGCAAAUCAAUCCCAUUUCCAAGAGGGUAGGCCCUGUGACUGUGGUCAAGAUGGACUCAUCUGUCCAACCAGGUCCGUUCCGAACCCUGCUCCAGUUUCUUUAUACAGGACAACUGGAUGAAAAUGAAAAGGAUUUGGGAGGUCUAGCUCAGAUCGCAGAGGUUCUGGAAAUGUUUGAUUUGAGGAUGAUGGUGGAAAACAUAAUGAACAAGGAAGCCUUCAUGAAUCAGGAGAUUACAAAAGCCUUUCAUGUCAGGAAAGCCAAUAGGAUAAAAGAAUGUCUCAGCAAGGGGACAUUCUCAGAUGUGACAUUUAAGCUGGAUGAUGGAGCAAUCCAUGCCCACAAGCCACUGCUGAUCUGUAGCUGCAAAUGGAUGGCUGCCAUGUUUGGGGGGUCAUUUGUGGAAAGCGCCAAUAGUGAGGUCUAUCUCCCGAACAUAAACAAGAUGUCGAUGCAGGCGGUAUUGGAUUAUCUCUAUACCAAGCAGUUGUCACCUAACUUGGACCUGGACCCGCUGGAAUUAAUUGCCUUGGCAAACAGAUUUUGCCUGCCACACUUGGUUGCACUUGCAGAGCAGCAUGCCGUUCAGGAGUUGACUAAGGCCGCCAUGAGUGGCAUGGGCAUUGACGGGGAGGUGCUCUCAUAUUUGGAAUUAGCCCAGUUUCACAAUGCUCAUCAGUUGGCCGCUUGGUGUUUGCACCACAUCUGCACCAACUACAACAGUGUUUGUUCCAAGUUCCGCAAGGAAAUCAAAUCAAAAUCGGCAGACAACCAGGAAUACUUUGAACGACACCGCUGGCCCCCUGUAUGGUAUCUAAAGGAAGAAGACCACUACCAGCGUGUGAAAAGGGAAAGAGAAAAGGAAGAUAUUGCACUAAAUAAACAUCACUCCAGACGAAAGUGGUGCUUCUGGAAUUCGUCUCCAGCAGUCGCCUGAGGAAGAGAAAAAAAUAUAUAUCAGUAAUCUGACACACCACUUUUAAAAAGCACUACUGUAAAAUUAGUCUUAUUAGAGAUAAGAUGUAGUUCAGGUUUCAGGCACUGAUCUUCCUCCACUUUUUGUGCAUUUAUCUUUGUGGAUCAAAGCACAAGCUCACCAUCAAUGAGCCUGGACAAAAAAAAAAAAGGGAAGUUGAUGCUCACUGCAUUCCUUAAACUUAUAUGUAUAUUUUUUGUUAGAAGCUUAAUGGAGUUUAGCCCGUUAUUUCAUUUCUUUUUAUACAAAGACAGAAAAUCCAGCUUUCAUGUUUCAAAUUCCAAAUUGGAAACUAUUUUUAUAUGGUCUUGUAAUUUUGUUGAAAUGAAAAUACUGUGUAUUACUUUAUUUUACAGGCCACAAAUUAACCAUGAAGUUGCCCUGUGAGUCUCUCUGCCCACACAACCACAGAGCAUUAUUACAUAAUUAGAGGGUCAUCUUCUUGUUGUGAAGUAAAGGGUUGGAAUGAAAUUCCCCGAAGUGCAAGUUAGAGAGUCUUUAAUCUUUGUUCUGCUGCAUAACAUUGGUAUAAUUACCAAGUCAGCUCUGAGAAUGUGUAUUUACAAUAUUUGCUGUGUAAGUGGUAGUAAUUAUAUGGUUAUGUGUGCCAUGUAAAAUAUGGUGAUAUCAAAUCUUCUGUUGUUUAAAUGUCUAAAUUCAAGAGGAUAAUCUUUAUAAUCAUUAGAAGGGCUUAUUAAAUCCCAGCACUAUCCAGGGCAAACUCACUGGUGGACCUGAAUACAAAAGAUCGUUGGAGUUUGGAUUGUUCUGCUCGGGUCGUGUCUCUCAGUAUUCCUUGAUCUUGCCAUGCUUCUGCAUGCAGAUUCUCCAGUGACUUGAAUUAAGAUGGACAUUGGAAAGGGUCCCCAGACUCCACCCUCUCCUCUCACCGCCAGAAGCGGGCUUCCUCAGGUCUCUCACCUGUGGCCAACUUUACUUUGUAAGAUGCGUAUUUUUAACUCUUCCCAGGGAAAAAUUCAUGUCGUUGCAGAAGUAGGUUAAAAUAGACCACCCACCUCUGCUGAAAGCACAAAGCUCAAAGCUAGGUUUUCUAAGAUCCCUGCAUCUUCCAAGGCAGACAAUCUUACUCCCAGAAACUAGGAAAUGGUGCUACUGUGAGUUAGUUCUGACCCUCUGUCGUUCUGAGUUUCAGUGUUAAAACAGAAAGUACUGAGCAGGGGAGCUUUCCAGAGGCAGUCAGUCAUAGCUUCUCUGUAAAUAGACGAUUUCAGACAUCAGCAUUUUAAGGCUACAGCUCCAUACCUGCUAUAAAAAAUGUGGUGUAGGGGCUGGGAUCUUUUUUUCCCCUUCUGAAGGUCAACUUACUGUUGAUUUUAUUUUGUUUGUUUUGCUUUGUUUUUUUCUAGAUUUCAGAAGUUUGAAACAGAAACAAUUGAGUCCAAACCCCAAGGUUGACAGUAAUGGGUAUUGAAAGUCUGUCCAGAAUACAGAUGGGCGUUCAUUACUGUCAGUGGAAACAUAGCAGAUAUACAAGAGUUUGGAGGGGCCUAGACAUGCAUCUCCCUCUAAUGACAGUGGGGUCGGAUUAGAUGGUUAUAAAUGCCACUGCUUUAAUUUUUGGUCAAUAGGAUUGUAAAUCUUUAAUGGAAGGACAAAGGAGACAAUGAGAAUAGAUGUCAAGACUCAGGAAGAAUCAGCAUAUAUCCCAUGAGAAAAUGGUAAAGGUUGAGUUUUCAGUGAGUAGUGAAAGAUGAAUUUAUACAACCAAAGCUCCAUUUGCUUUUAAUCUUGCCAAAAUGUAAUGGGCAUAUAAAUGAACCUGGGGUAUAAGCAAUAAUCUUCACUAGUGUUUGUUGUCAGCUACUGAAACCAAGUGGCUGGUUCAUUUGGUUGAUGCUGAUUAUGACCUUUAACUAUGGUGGUUUGUUUUGUUGUUUUUUAUUUCACAAAAAGCCAAUAAAAUUGUUUAGCUAUAAA